UCAAAGGUUGCUUUGAGUAAACGCUCGGUGCCGCAGUGCUCUGUGGGACACUGACCCGUUCCCCUGGGAUACAUUUUACACGUUACUGCUUAGAAACGCUGCAGGAAGAUCUGCUCUCUUCACAAGGACUGUAGAGUGUAACAGAUGAGAAUGAAGUGGGUGGUUUGUGUCGGAGUUUUCUGGAUCCUCUCCAUCUCCACAGCUCAUGCAGCCAAAGACAUAUGUAGCCUGAAGCCCAAAGAUUUGCCCCUAGAGCCGGUGUGUAUAUACCGCAACCCGAACGUCCCAGACAACGAAGAAGCACCGACCGGGAUCCCCGAGAAGAUACCAGGGUCCACCAACCCUCGAGUGUGGGAGCUGUCCAAAGCCAAUGGGCGCUUCGCCAUUUCACUCUUUAAGCAGCUGACCAAAAACAAGUCUGUGGAGGCGAACAUCUUCAUGUCCCCGCUCAGCAUCUCAACAGCCUUCGCCAUGACGAAACUGGGGGCUUGCAACAGGACGCUGGAGCAGAUCAUGAAGGUGUUCGAGUUCGACAUGAUCAAAGAGAAGACCUCAGAACAGGUUCACUUCUUCUUCGCCAAGCUGAACUGCCGCCUUUAUCGUAAAACCCACAACUCCGUGGAACUGGUUUCGGCCAAUCGUCUGUUCGGAGAGAAGUCGUUCGAGUUCAACGAGAACUACCAGAACAUCAGUGAGAUGGUCUACGGGGCCAAGCUGCUGCCGCUCAACUUCAAGGAGAAACCUGAACUUUCACGGCAGAGGAUCAACGAGUGGAUUUCGGAGAAGACAAACCACAGGAUUAAUGACACUUUGCCUGAAGGCUCUGUGAAUGGAGAUACCAUUCUAGUUCUGGUCAAUACCAUCUACUUUAAGGGCCAAUGGAAAAACAAGUUUGACAGACUUAAUAGCAUGGAGUCCAAAUUCUAUGUCAGCGAGACACACAGCUGCCCGGUGCAGAUGAUGUACCAGGAGAACUCGUAUAACUUUGGAAUAUUCCCAGAGGACAAAGUGAAAGUGCUCGAGAUGUUCUACAAUGGAGAAGGCAUUUCGAUGAUUAUUGUCUUACCGCACGGCAACACAGAGCUGACUAAGGUGGAGGAAAACCUAUCCCUGAAGAAACUCAGUGGCUGGUUGAAUGACAUGAAAAGUAAAUCAGUGGCGGUGCACUUCCCACGUUUCCGCAUAGAGGACAACUUUACCCUGAAGGAGAAGCUUGAGGCUAUGGGCCUCCAGGAUAUCUUUAGUUCACAGCAUGCCAGUCUACCAGGCCUGGUAGCGAGCAAUGAGGAUGACCUUUAUGUCACUGAUGCCUUCCACAAAGCUUUCCUUGAAGUCAAUGAGGAGGGCAGCGAGGCGGCAGCAGCUACUGGUAUCGUGUUCCACGGCCGCUCCAUCAACCUGAACCGCGAGGUGUUCGUUGCCGAUCGGCCUUUCCUGCUCUUUAUCCGAGAAACCACCAUCAACACUCUGAUCUUCGCCGGCCGUGUUGCAGAUCCCUGCUCGAGCAGCUAAGGAGAUCCGGAUUCACUCAUUACUCAUGAUGAGUGAGGAGUUGAUUAUGAUGAAGGUCUCGAUGGAGGUCUUAAUAUUGUCAUCAGGUGUUAUAAUGGUGUGGCAUUUCAUUAUUCAUUACAAAUAAAAACCAAUCUCACAAA